AUGAUAAAGCAACCAGUUCUAGCUGAACUGCAAUACUUCGUCAAAAGUGUGUCCCUCCUGUACAAGGGUGUGCCGCUAAAAGAUACCGGUGCACUGGUAAAAAGUGCCCUUCAUCUGCUGGAGGAUCUUCCCUCAACUAGAGAUGCGGUGUUUGAUUAUUUUACGCUCGUUUUUAACAAUGCUGUAAAAGUGUACAUGCUCAGUGCUGAGAAAAAUUUGCCAGAUCCUUCGGUAGACGAUGAAGCCGUACAGGAGAUUCACGAAGCGCUGGAGCGUUUGGUAACUGCCGGUCCAGCCGCCUGGUGUCCGCUGAUAUCGUCCUGGUGUUUGAAGCUUCUCGGAGAAGUAUGCAAAAAGCACCAUCGACGUCGCCCACCAUCAGAUAUCCGCGGUGCAUGCAAUCUGUGGCUUGGAUGCAGUGCCAUUCGCUACCUGCUGAGCCUUAGUGCACUGUGCUUCGAAAAGUUGAACGAAAAGGAAAUGGACGAUUGCAUUAAUGAGCUGCUCGUCAUCUACGGUACGCACAGUCCGUUCUUUGACUGGGUCGUAGCCCGACUGGGUGGUUGUUUUCCGCUGAAGGUGAUUAAGAGCAUGCUUGCAAUGGGAAUAAGCCGUUUUACUGGUGAUUUCGAUCAACCGUCCGAAUCAGAGGUGGAAGUGUUAAGCUAUCUCGGAUUAGCACACGAGAACGAUUUACGUAGCGCGCUUAAAUCAACGUUGGAAAAAGAAAGCACUUCCAAACAAGCGAUUCCGUACUUGUUGCUGCUGGCGAAAGCUUCCGAUACGGUGUCCCAGGCGCUGGUGACUGUUUUUUUGGAACUUAAUGACGAAAAAAGGUUACAAACACUGAAAAUGCAACCGAAAAAUUGGCCCUCGAAUAUCAGCCUUCCGUACGUGCUGCAUACGGUCGCUGGUCUUUUGCUAAAGAUAAAAAAACAUGCCAUCCGUGUGACGCUUAUACUUGCGAAAUUGUCCACCCAGCACAACUGGUGCCAGGAGCUGCUAGAAAUUAUGUUUGUCGAGCUGGAAACUCUCGUACUCGAAAAGCAUUCCGUGCCGCUGCUUGAAGACAUCAUACGCGACAGUUCGCGGGAAAUGCUGUGGGAUAGUUGCGCAUCGGACGUUUCCUACGAGCAACAAGUUGGCGUUCGAUUGAUCCUGUUAGCUAGCUUUAAAUCAAACUCCGUAUUUCAUCAAUCAAUCGUGUACCUUCUUUCGAUGGGGGUCAAAACGCCUGUUGGGGGCAGUACAAAACCUCACCUUAAUGCACUCGUCCGUGUGCUGGCUGGACCACACGGAACGUCGGAUGUGCCUAAGGUGCGACCAGCGUUUGAAACUGCCUUCGAAAAAAUACUUAUCGCUCCUCACAAGCGUGUUGAUUGUUGGAAUAUUCUGCACAAUUUGGUGGAACUGUUGAAGCUGGAACGUACCGCGAUUGUUGGGAGCACAUUGCGCAAAGUUAACUGUGUCAGUAUUGUGCAUGAGCUGUUGGAUCGUGUAUUGAAGAUUUGGGAAAAUUUUCUAAACCAUGAAAGGCAUGAUGAACCAACAUCAGUAGAGUCUAGAUCGGAGGUUGAUACUAGUAACGGAUCACAACCGAAGGAACAUUGCAAGCGAAUUAAAAAUGAACUCUCCUCACCGGAAUCAAUGGAAAUAGAGGAAGAAACUUCGAGCGGACAGGCAACUGUCGACGAGUGCAAGGCAGUAACGUACAAAGAUCUUAUCCACGAAACUGUGCGACUGAUCGAAUGUUUAGAUCUUGGCAAAAAUGUUACCAUUGGAACUGGACAAACGUUGAAAUUUUCCCAGCUGUUGGUAAAAUACUUUUUCUACUGUCUUAAGCUGUUGUCUGGCAAUCGAAAUGCUACUGCGACCAUGAAGAUACCGGAAUCGCUCGACGAGUCUCUCAAUAGAGUAUACAUCCUGCUUUCAAAACACUGUGGCCACCGGAAAGCGGCUCGUACUGCAGCGCUUCGUGAGCUGCUGGAAGGUGCAUUGUUCAUGCAUGGCAAUCUGUUCGGCUCACAGUCCGAAUCGCAAGCGUACAGCUUCGACAAGCCGGACGAUUUGUUGAUCAAGCUGAACCAUAAGCAAGGCAUCGCACUGAACGCAUCCCGGGCAACCGUCCUGCAUGCAGGCAUCAUCGGUCAGGGACCAAAAAUUCCGACCAAAAAAGCCGUUGGACCGGCUUCCGAAAUGCAAAACCACCUGCUGAAUGCAAUCGUAGCAUGCUGUCAGGAUGUGAACGAUCACCAGGCAACGAUCGAUGGAUUUAGCUACGUGUCACUGUUGCUGGUGGAAAUGAUUUCACCGGACGUGAUGUACAAUGGACUACCGUGGCCGGAGGAGGAUUUUAUAAAGGUGACGAUGGAGCGAGAUCUGCAGAUACAGCGUACCUUCCGCCAGUCGCCGAUUCUUUGGUCAAUUCUUGGGUUGGUCGCGUGCUAUCGACCAUCGCUGUGCUACUGUUCGGUGCUGUUGCGUGCCCUUUGUGCAUCCGCUUUGCAUCAAUGGCGUUCCAAGACGGCAGAAACGCUGAACGGUGUAAAAACGGAUCUGAUGUACAUGACGACAAAGUUGCUUGAGCUGAUGGCGUUGGCGCAACUCUUACCACCGCCCCUAAGCUACCUUCACAUCGUGUUGGAAUAUUUCGAUGGGCCUGAGAUUGCUUACGUGCUAAAGGAAUGUGUGUGGAACUACAUGAAGGAUCACGUCCCAUCGCCUGUACUGUUUGUGUGCGAUCCAACCGGUUUUCAUUGGCGUGAUCCACUAACAUCCCGACCACCGGUACAGUAUACGAAUCCAUUGCGCAACACCAUGCAGAAGAAGCUUACCCGCGUGGGCCACCUGUACCAUCAGAUGUUCGUUGGGCCCGAACUUCGAAAUCCUACCGGCAGUGGCAGUAACCAGCAGCAUCAGCAACCACAAUUGCAACUGCCGAUACCCCAAGGAAUCGUCGCUAGUAUCGGUGGGGAUCAGGGACUAAAGGCUGGACCGAGCGUAAGUUAUGGCGCUCUUCCAUUAGGACCGGGACAAGAUAUUUUGUAA